AUGGAGAGCUGCACCCAACUUUGCGUACGCCUCCAUGAGCUGGUCGCUCGAACCGGAUCUACGCCUUCCCGCGACGAGCUCGACUCCCUUCUCAGCGACUGGAAAUCCGAUCUGCCGCAUGGUCUGGCUCUGGACACCUUUCAAGAGCUUCAAUCCAGAUCAUGUCCCUUUUGUGAACUCUCCCUAGCCGCAAUCACACAUACAGUGGCCGAUGUCAAGCGAAUCGCCCCGGACCAAGCCGUCGAUGUGGUUCUGUUCCCAGAAGAGACAGGAUUCCGAUUGUCGUUUCCAUCUCGACUUGGAACGCAGCUCUUAUUUGUCGCAUCUGAAGAAAGCCAAGCAGCGAGCCCCGAUUGUUCAAGGAUCAUCGAGUCUUCCCACAUAUCGCCGGGAACGAUAUCUAGAUGGCUGCAUAAAUGUGAUAGUAAUCACACCAGUUGUGUCCGACCAGCAGUGAUAGGGCCAGACGUAACUAAUCAUGCCGAUUAUCAGCUGGACACUAAUGUGAUCGCUCAAGAUCGGCCUCUGUCGGGAGAGGAUUUUUUUGAGAAGCAUACAUCUAACUUUCGAGUCCUGGAUCUCGAGACGCGUUGUAUCAAAAGAGUUGCAUUGCAUGCUAGAUACGUUACCCUCAGUUAUGUCUGGGGUCAGAUUCCCAUGUUCCAACUGCAGAGAGGGAACAUAAAGGAAUUGGAAACAACGGGCGCCCUAGAUUUGGUUCUUUCGGGCCUGCCGAGAACAGUGCAAAAUGCGAUCGACCUCGUGAAAUCUAUUGGCGAAAGAUACCCCUGGAUAGAUGCACUAUGUCUGAUCCAGGACGACAUGCAAGAUGUCAACCUCGGCAUAGAACUCAUGAACUCCAUCUAUUCAGGCUCAUAUUUCACACUUGUGGCCGCGACUGGUGCCGACAGCAAUGCCGGGCUCCCCGGAUUCCAAGAUACUCGGGCUUCGGGUUUUCAGAUUGUCAAGGAGCUGGUUCCACGGGGCAUGCGCAUGGCUGUGGUUCACAGUAUUGACUGGCACCUCGAAAAGUCAACCUCCAGCUCACGAGGAUGGACCAUGCAAGAACUCGUUCUCCCUCGACGCACUGUCAUAUUUAUCAACAAUCAAGUGUAUUUCCGCUGCCACGGGGCAAAUUGGAGCGAAGAGAUUUGGUCAGACAAGUUUACGAGCUGGCUUGAUCCUGAUGACAGCAACAUUAGCCGCAUCCCACAGAUAGAUGAAGGAACAGUCAUCUUUUUAUGGGUAUACCAGAAGCUCUGCGAAGACUACUCUCGGAGGAUGUUACGCAAUGAUGGGGACGCUCUUCAAGCAACUGCUGGCAUUAGUCGCCCAUUGUUUGCAGGAAUGGGAACAUUUGGCACCUAG